AUGGAGCUGAACCCAAGUCAAAGCGAAGAAGAAAGCUGUGACUUUCAUGGCUACCACACCCCUGCAGGGACUCGUGGUGAGCCAUUACCUGUAGCCAUUAUCUGUGCACCAGAGUUGAUGGGCAGCCAGGAAUUUCAGGAUGGACAGGCUGAUGUUGUGGUAAGUAAAGUGAGUGGAGAUGCACAGGUGGUGACCAGCCACUGUCAGCCAUUUCCUAUACUGCAUACCUUGGCCCCUCCCCCAGCUCACAGAGACAUGGGGCCAACUCAAGGCAAAGAGAUGAAUAUGUUGGUGGCUUCCAACCAGCACCACCAGACAGCUUCUCCUGUGUAUUGUGAAACCACAGUUGAAACAGCCAGCCUUCAGCUUAAAGCAGUACAAACUGACGUUGAUUCUUGCAAACCAGUAAAGUCCAAGAAACCCUGCAAUUGCGUCAAAUCACAGUGCCUUAAACUUUACUGUGACUGCUUUGCCAAUCUGGAAAUGUGCAGAAACUGCAAUUGUUCCAACUGUUACAACAAUGAAGACUAUGAAAAGCAGCGUUUGAAUGCAAUCCAGGUCUGUCUGAAUCAUAAUCCAAGCGCCUUCAAGCAGAUGACUUCUAGUGGGAAGUCAGGAGAGGUCAAAGGUGGAUACAACAAAGGCUGCAAAUGCAAACGCUCUGGCUGCCUUAAGAAAUACUGCAAGUGCUAUGAGGCCAACAUCAUGUGCACAGCCAGCUGUGAGUGUGUUGGCUGUGUGAACAGUCAUGACAGCACAAAGGGAGAGACAAGGUUCGGGGACUUCUCUGAAACCUCCCCCUCUGAGAAGAUACACAAUGACAAGGAGAAGUGUCUGUCAGUGAUUACCCCUUCAGUGGUGGAGGCUGUCUGUGGCUGUCUGUUGUCGCGGGCUCAACUGGCUGAGAGGGAUGCUGCCACCCUGGCCCUGGCUGAGCAGGCAGUCCUGGAGGAGUUUGGACAGUGCCUUGCACAGAUUUCUGAGGCCAUAUUCAAACCCAGUGCAUAA